UUCAGUGCUGUCAAAUUUAUUCAGUCGGGGGAAAAAUUCUUUCUGUGAUGAAGACUAGCUGUACUUGGACUAUUAUAAUUUGACUGAGUAACGUGAUCUAAAUUGAUGAAUUUCUGACAAAACAGUGUUUCUUAGAAUGUUAUUAGUGUGUGCGAUUCAGAAAGAAGUGAGAAAUCAUUUCGGACUUUAUUAGGUUCAGUGUCAUUGAAAGAUCACGAUGCGUAUCAGUUUUGUGUUAUAUUGGUGCGUAUUUGUUCAUAUUUGUAAUGCCAAUGAUGUGGACAGAGCAGAAGCAAGAGACAGCGGUCGAAGGGGAAAUUGGGGUCCCAUUUCAAGAAGCAGUUCCUUCAUGAGUGACGCAGUGGCUGUAUCCAAUGAGCUUUUAGUGGCAUGCAACAACGAGCCGUCAUGUCUCCAGGACCAUGCUGGACUGGAGGCGAUCACACAGCUCCACCGACAGUUGGAUGAUGACGCCAACGGCAAUGUUGACCUGAGCGAAAGUGAUGAUUUUCUACGUGAAGAGUUGCAGUACGACAGUGGGUAUGAGAAGCGGCAACGGGCGUUUCAUCACAACGAUGAUAUGCACAUAUCUGUCAAGGAGCUUUGGGAGGCCUGGCUACGAUCUGAGGUCAGAAAUUGGACGGUGGAACAAACGGUAGAGUGGCUGUCGGAGUCCGUUGAUUUGCCGCAAUACAAGUCACUGUUCCUGCAACAUCGCGUUGUUGGUGCUACAUUGCCGAGACUGGCUGUGAACAACAUGCAGUAUCUAAGCAACGUUUUGGGCAUCAAGGACCCGAUUCACAAGCAAAAGCUAGCUCUAAAGGCGAUGGAUGUCGUACUCUUCGGGCCACCUAAAGAAGGAAGUCGAUGGAAGGACUGGUUACUCGCGUCUUUACUCCUCGGUGCAGUGGUGGGAAGCUGGACGGCAUUGCGUGCUGGACGUGCAAGUCGUGUCCAAGUUCAAAGGAUGUUGAGGGAUAUGGAACAGCUUCGGAAGGCGGAGAUGGCGCUGGAUGAUAUGCAGAAGGAAUUGGAGAAAGCUCGGUUGGAGCAGGAAAGUGUAACAACAGAGAAGAAGAAUUUGGAGAAGAAACUAAAAGAAGCAGGUGAUACACCAUUACUGAAUUCCACUUGGUCUGAUCUCGAAGUGUCGCAACUGAAAGCUGAAAUUGAAAUGCUCAGAGGAGAACUCCGAAGGGCGGAGGGCGAGUUGGAAGACAGAUGCUGGGCGCCUCCCGCGGGGCUACAACAGUGGCUCCAGCUCACCCACGAAGUCGAGAACCGGUCCUACCUUAGGAAGAAGCAGCAGGCGGACAUGCAACUGCAGCAGGCCAGAGAUGCGUGCGAGAAGUUACGCAAGAAACGCUCCAGUUUGGUCGGGGCGUUCGUUUCAACUCACGGGAAGUCGAUAGACGAUGUCGAUCGCUCCAUAGUCGAAGCUCGCACUGCGCUCAAUGAGGUCACACAGGAGUUACAGGAAAGAAUGCAUCGUUGGAAGCAAAUUGAGCGAUUGUGUGGCUUCAACAUUAUCAACAACAACGGGCUCCAGUACUUAGAAAGCGCAUUGUAUCGUACUGCCAAUGGGCGACAACCUAACAGAGGUCGCGUUAACAGUUCCCAAGACGACUUAAGUGCAGCCGAUGACACUUCGUUAUGCGGCUCAGUGUCAGAAACCUUCGGAUGGAAAGAGGAUUCAUCUGGAAGCGAAGCCGACACACCGCAUUACCCUCUCGAUUUGAGGCUUGCUGAAGCAAGACUGCAACUAGAAGAACGUUUAGCGCAAGAGGCUCGUGAAGGCCGUAUGGAAGAAAGACGAGAAGAUAGGAGAUUAGCAGAUGAGAAAAGGAGUUCAUACAAUGAUGUCAGAAAGAGUCCGGAUGAGAGAAGAAGAGAUCCAGUACAGUUUGUGUUGGGAGGAGACAAUGUUAACUGGACUGGUGAAGACCUAACCCGCGGUGUACACUCGCAAUCUCAGCCUCAACUACGUGCCUCCAUGCGUAGUAUCGGCGCACCCCUUCCCCCUCCGCGGCGCCCCUUUACCGGUCAAAUAGUCCGCUCUCGCAGCACUGACAUAGUCCCGUACAAUCCAGAAGAACCCAGACCGCCACCUAGACCUUUUACUAGACAAAAGCCUGUCCCAGAAGCUGAACAAGGGCCCAAUACGCCCCAAGAAGAAGAGUCCACGGAUUCGUCUCUUAUGGAGGAAGAUGGAGUUCCAAAGCCCCGAAAGCGUCGUAUCAAUCUGCCCUUCGGAAAGAAAUCGAAGACGCCCGCGUGACCUUUGCUAGGUUUGUAUCCUGUUAGAUGUGCCCAGUUUUAGUGCCAAACAUGGUUCAUAAUUGUUAAAAGGACUAACGUUUUGAAGGGCUUUUUUGAAUCAAUCAGCUUGGUUUUGUAAUUGGGGGCCAUAGGAAGCAUGAGAAUGGGCGACUGUGAAUGGUCAGAUGAUCUGGGGACUUACAGAGCUUUAUAGAACUGAUUCAGUAUUUAUUUGAACUGGUGAAUGUCUGAAUUUUACAGUCUCAGUUCUGCUUUGAUGUUACUUCCAGACUACGAAGUAUUUGGUCGGGAUUUUAACAAUGUACUAUUAGUGCAAUUUUAAACAAGUUUUUUUGAUGUUUUAAGAACAUUUUUAGAUAAUUUUUUAUUUAUGCAAGUUUUUUUUUUAUUCCUAAGCACCUUAGUUUUAUUUGUAUUCCAUUUGAAAUUUUUUGUGUGGACUCGUUUAGUUGGAAUGUUUGCCCCGUUUUGUAUAUUUAUUAUAGCAAUAUUAUGAUAGUAAAAGUUGUAAGCUAAGCCCUGCAGGUGUGAAACAUCCAAAAUAUUAUGUACAUACAUAAAUAGAUAGUUUAAGACAGGAUAUAAAUUUAAAAGAAAAUUUUUUAAACUGAGACAAAUAAUUCUUUAAAUCAGUAGUUUGAUUAUUUUAGAUGCUUCCUCUGACGGUAUUACGGCGUGUUGCGACGAUGUUUCACAUCAAUUAUUUUUAAAUUAAUAAAAUUAUCUACUUUAUUAAUCGCAUGUUAAACGUCAAAACAAGCUCUUGUAAGCUACUCGAAAAUGUAGUUGAUACCUAGCGGUUCCCGACUGCCGUACGUCAAAAUCAUAGAUUUUGACAUUCGGGAGUACCUUUCUUGUUUCAAAGUACCACCUAGAAACGCAAUUAUAUUGAAUAACUUCGAUUUGACUUUUUACGUAACUAUAUAAUUCUUAUCUGUUACGAACCAAGCUUGUUUCCUAUUUAUAGUAGAUUUAAUAUAAGUAAAUUUAAUUAGAAGCAAUAAUACGUUGAGGGCAAAGCGUUCCUCAACAGAAAUCCAUAGUGAGAUCUUAAGUUAUUGCAAACGUUCUAAAUAAGGUUGUGUUAUGGGCUGCCGUCUAACCCAUAAUUACCGUUAGCGUUGUACAAAACCGCUUUUAGAAUACGCCAAGGUCAACUUAAGGACGGCAACCCUCGCGUUAUAGUUUGUAUUUCAUGGCGAUUAAGGGCUGUGACAUUCAAACUUGUAUUGGGAAUAUGCAUCAAUUAAUUAAAGAUCAUUAAAGAAUUAAAAGAAUAUUAUAUAGCUGCCGCUUACAAAGUGGAAUGCAGUUUGGGUGGGCCAUACCGUACAAGAUUUUUACAAACUCUUUUGAAAUGAUUACAGACUAAAUAAUAGUUAAUCUAUCCAUAGAUUAAAAGCUAAAUUAAAAUUUUAGAACUUUGACACAAUGGCGGCAUCAUGUAUGCAAUAUAUUAAAUUAUGCAUAUUCUCUAUAUCAUUUCAAUAGUAUCGCAUCAUUCCCUUGUUUUAUUAGUUUGAUAGCGAUAUUGCCCGGUAGCUGAGUAGAUUAAUUUUAAGUAUUUUGGUGCUAAAUGGACUCGUAGACUGAAAACCGAAUGGCUUGAGUUACUAUUCAUGGAACUAAGGUUAAGUUUCAGAAUCGAACGCUUAAUAUUAUUCCCACAUGAGAAAAUUUAAUCUAUAUGUCAAAAUCCUAUUUAAUUUUGACAUAAAGACUCCUAAUUCGCGCUUAGUGUAUUCUCUGGAACUUAUCCUUAUUAAAUUUGUAUGCGUCUAUUUUGUGUAUUUUGAAAAAAAAAAUUCUAUUUACAGCUGAAUUUUAUUGUUAUACGUUGAUGAGCAUUAUUGGUGUUUUUGGUUUUGAUACGUCCAUAAUCCACAAAAUUACAUUGUACUUAAAUUGUAAGCCAUACCUCGUUUUCAGUUGGUACUCUGUUGCCGCAAAUUGUCACAAAAAGCAGAGUUGCCAUGUGUUAAUUUUAACCUAACUGAAUAUUUGUAUUAGUUUUAUCGAGAUCUGAAAAAGACAAUCGUGAUAAGUUGUUACUUCUUAAAAAAGAUAAUAAAUUGGUACUGAAAAUUUG